AUGGACGCGUCAAAUGAUGGCGCCGAGUCAGUCGACCAGUUCCUGGCUCGGAUUGCCAGCCUCAGUUCCAAACAGACUGCCGAGGAGGCUGAGCGAUCCAAGCGGACGGAGGAAGAGUUGUUGCAAGCCAGGAAAGAGAGACAGGCAAGGAGAUUAGAACGCGCUCGGUCGCUAUCACCCUCAAAGACUGGCCCUACAGCGUCCUUGCGACCCACGAGAGAGGCUGCGUCGAAGCCGACACAAAGCAUUGAACCUCCCAUUGCUCUCACCCCUCCUCUUCAACCACGAACACUCGGCCGCUCUGGCUCAACAUCCCCAAGACACGAUCGAGCCCCCGUUACAGGGCUAGACUUCUCUCGACCUCUGCCAGCUCCACCUCCACUGACCGACGAGGAACCCACUCUGCCCAGCCCGCCUGCCCAUGCCCCUACACUUUCCAGAAGCGGCACACUGUCAUGGAACCAGAGGCCUUUGUCAAGAGGCGGCGCGGUGCGAACCCGGCCGAUGUCUGUCGCAUCCAUCCCGGACUUGGGAACCCCCACUCCGAGUGCUGCCGAUCAGAAAGCCGAGGAGGAGAUGUCGAGGAAAGAUAUUGCUGCAACUCUGGAGGCCAGAGAUCCUUCGUGGUUUCGUCAGACCGCUGAUCGAGGCAUUGGCUCCGCAGCAUACCGCAAGAAUGAGACAGAUUCUGACACGAUGACUGCUUCCGCGAGCCCGGGCAUGCGGCUCCCGGGCAUGUCCAAUGCUGCAGAAGAUCGCUCAAAGGAAGAGAACGGGAAACCGACGCCUCCGUCGUCACCUCCAAAAUCGGCUCAUGCAUUGUCUUCUAGCCAGCGACAGCCGUCAAGCUCAGACCGGCCGAGACCGCGGCCAGUCUCAAUGGUAUCCUCGUCCCCCUCGAAAUCUCCCGCCCUGGACUUGCCAUCCUUCAAGCCAUUAGACCUGAACACCUCCUUUGCUGUAGACAGCCCUGGGCUGGGAAGGACUCCUAGCAUUUUGUCUUCUUCGGGACGUCCCCCUUCGCCAACUAAGGGUCUGGGUGGUUUUGUGGAAAGCGCAAUGAUGAAGCGAUCGGACAGUGUUAGCAAGAGAUGGAGUGUACAGGCCAGUGCAGGCUUGAAGCGAGGUGACUCGGUUGCCUCCACCCGGCCACCACACCUUGCUACGGUCUCAGGCUAUACUCCUGGUCACAGUCGUGGUUCCUCGAGAGACGUUAGGGGGUCGCGCGAUGGUAAUUCUUCCCCACUCUCCAGCUCGAGACCUGUUUCAAGUCACGGAGAGCCUGUUGCAAUCUCAAAAGGUCGCUCACUACCACGGCCGGAAGACGAUUCAGCGGCGGCUCCGGAUAUCACACCCAAGCAAGAGGUCCCAGGGGAAACAGGUAAAGCUUCUGAUUUACCACCACAGACCCGUCCGGUAACGCCACCGCCGUCGGACACGCUCUUAUCCCGUAGUCCAUCGAAGACUAUGGAUCCUCGUCGCUGGAGUCCGACAAAGGCCAGUUGGCUCGAGAGCGCCCUAAACAAGCCGCCGGAGUCUCCAAGAGCAGCGAAGUCCGAGACGCCAGCAUGGAGGCUGAGCAUGCAGCGUGCCAAGCAGGAACAGUCCCAAUCGUCUGAAGCCGGCAAAGAGGCCUUGUCAAAGCCCGCAAAUGCACCCAAGGCGCUCAGCACACCAUCAAUGAAGGACUCGAAGACAGUCGAGAGAGCGACAGCAGUCGGUGUCGCCGUAGGUUUGAGCUCGAGGGACACUGGGCGCGAGAAGCCUAACUCGACACCAUUGCCGUCCUCAGAUGCCAGUGACGCGAACAAAACUGACAAAUCCUUCACGUCCACAACGGGGGAGAAACCCAUUAUCCCGUCCAAGAGAAACAUCACACCUGUUCAACUUGGGGCAAACUCGACCCAAAAGGUGGCGAGCACGUCUGUUACAUCCCUGCAAGAUGAACAAGAGACGGCUAAAGGGCCCCAAAACCCCACAUUCCGUGAACCCAAACUCGACUCAAAAAUGCCAGCUCUGAAGCCAAAGCCGACCACGCCUCCGAAACCCGACUUCAGAGCCAGUCUCAAAUCACGUCAAGCAGCCCCGACCGGCAAUAACAACGCGGAACCGGAGUUCAAGGCAGUCUUUGGAAAGUUGAAGCGCGCUCAGACGCAAAAUUAUGUUGCCCCUGACGAGUUGAAGGAUAACAUCACGAUGGGGAAAGCAGCGCUAAACGUCACAGGUGGUCCGCAGAAGACGAAAAGGGUCGACGAGUUCAAGGAGAGCAUCCUACAAAAGAAGGAAGCAAUGAAGACAGGUGGUGGUGCGAUCGGCAAACGUCCUGAAGCGACAAGCCCCACAGAAAAACAUAACGACCCUGUACCAGAGGCACUGGCCAAGCGUAUGGCGCUGCAGAAGACGGGAACUUCAUCUGAGAAGGCGGAAAGCAAGAGGCAGAGUGAUAUGCCAGCCAAACCCAGUGUGUCGGCGAUCGAGCCUCGAGCAGUCGGCGAGAAACCAUCAUUGAGCGGUUUGGGUACCAAGCCAUCUCUUGGAGGGUCGAAGCCACGGGUUGUCCAUGACAUACCAGUUCCAGCAAAGGGAGAAGCUGUCGCGCAAUCUGAGCGAACUUCGGCACCACCGACAAUACUUGCAAGCAAUCCCGAGAAAUCCGAUGCUGCCCCAGUGACUGUGCUACCGCUACGAUCAGCGUCCGAUGUACCAACUCGACCAAGCCAGCAAAGUCCGGAAACCAACGUGGCAGAACCUGCACCUUCAUCUGAGUCAGGCUCCGGAGUGAAGCUGCCUGAAAAUAGCAAACUUGCUGCUCGGCUCAAUCCUGCGCUGGCCGGCAUACUUUCACGAAGUGGUAGCCCCAAGCUUCCUGGAGAUGCGUCAUCCAAUGGUCGAGGUGGGAUCCAGGUCCGCGAUACUCACCAGAACCCGCGAGAUAGCACGAAAGAGGACCCUGCGGAGCUGACCCAUAUGACCAAGGCACGUUCCAAAGGUCCUAAAAGAAGGGCACCUAAGACCGCUGCAUCUUCCCCCGCGAGCGGCAAAGCCCCAUCUGGACAGCCCGCAACAAACUCGACCUCCGUGUCCCCGAAGGUCAUAGGGUCACCAGAGUCCGCGCUGGGUUCCACAGCGUCUUUGCCGCCACGCUCGUUCGCGCCGAAACCAAGUGCGAGCAAACCCACAACGGGAGACCAAAAUGCAGACGUGGGCGUGCGCGAAGUCCAGCGGUCGCUGCCGACAUCGCCCACAGCUGGGAUUGAGAAGCCGAUCCUGGCUGAAGCCAAACAAUCGUAUCCAGCGCUGCCCAAAGCGGAGUUGCCUAAGCCCAGUAUUGCCAACACGGCCAUCGUAAAGCAGUCUAUCAAUGAACCACUUCCUAUUUCCCAAACCGAGUCGGAGUCGAAGCCGAAGCCCAUCGUUGCCAACAAAUCAGCGGAAUUAAGAAGGGUGUCGAAUCAGGGUGCACCUGCCGAGACUGUUGACAUGCCGCCUCCACUGAAGCCUAAGAAAUCCGCGGAUCUAAGAAAGGUCUCCAACCCCGGCACGCAUGCGAAACCUGCCACGCCAAAGAAGAUCGAAGUCCUGCCUGAUACUUCAAAACUGGUAACGUCACCUCCAGACUCGGAUGGCGAGAAGAAGGCAACGGCGCUUUCUCCGGCCUUUGCGCCGGGUUUGCCCUUGACGCCGAACAAGUCAAAGCUCAACACUCCAAAGACACCAAAGCCUGAUAUCAUUAGCUCGAUGAAACCGCGGCCAGUGACGCCACCGAAAGCCAAUGGGCUUGGGUUGCAGCUUGGGACAGGUUCCAGGAAACUGGUUGCCGCCCCCGUCCUGACCCCGCCACCGGAACCGCAACCACUAGCAGUGCGAGCAGCAGGAUCCUCCAGACAGUUUAGUUCGCCCACGACAUCGUCGCCUUCAGUCAGACCCCAGCUUGAGAGCUUCUUUGGCGUCCUGCCGCGAGCAGGUGAAAGGGCGGAGUUUGACACGCAUGCUUUCCUUUCGGCCCAGAAUAAGACACCAGAGAAGUCCAAGACUCUCAACAAGCAGAUCUGGGAAGUGUCCGGCGAUGGCAAGAAGACGCCCAUGCCGCCGCAACAGGAGCACAUUCUCUUCGAAGACUGUAUGUAUCUAUGUGUGCAUUCGAUGCAAUCACCCUCAGGCUCGAAGUUGUCCGAGGUGUAUCUCUGGUGCGGAGACGAAGUGCCCGAAGCAGCUGUGGAAGAUGCUCAACUAUUCUGCAGGAAAGUCGCAAGGGAGAAUAGUGCUAAACUGGAAGUUAUCAAGCAAGGCAAGGAGAGCUCAGAGUUCUUCCAGGCUCUGGGUGGGAUCGUCAUUGUACGGCGCAACAAGUCGUCGGCUCUAUAUAUGGUCUGCGGCAGAAGGCAUCUCGGGCACGUCGCUUUCGAUGAAGUCGACCUCUCAGCCGACAGCCUGUGCACGGGGCUCCCGUUUCUCAUUUCAGCGAAGUUCGGCAAGCUCUACUUAUGGAAGGGCAGAGGCAGCAACCCGGAAGACGUGGGAUGCGCAAGGCUGAUUGGCAUGGACUUGGGAUUGACGGGUGAGAUUGAGGAAGUUUCGGAGGGCGAAGAACCCGCAAGCUUCUGGGACUCGCUACCUUCCGGUUCAUCCAAGCGAAUGCUACCCCAGAGCAGCAGCGGAGCCGGUGAGCGCGACAGCCAUCCACCGAGGCUGUACCGCGUCGAGCACGACCGUCCCAAAUCGUCAGGCGGCCUAGGCGGCUUUUGGGGGCUGAGGGCAUCUUCACCGCCGAAACAAAGUCUCAAGGCUCUGGUGGAAGAAGUCGCUCCAUUCAGCCAGAAGGACCUUGAUGGACAUCACAUCUACAUCCUCGAUGUCUAUCGAGAACUUUAUGUUUUGAUCGGCGGUUUCGCCAAAAAGCCCGCCGAGUUUGCGACAGCGGUGCAGGUUGCCCAAGAGAUAGCCGUCCUGUCGCCUUCUGUCCAAGACCGGCCUCUUUUGCCGUCGUGUUAUGUUGUGAUGGGUGAGCCACCGCAGCACAUCAAGUCAAUAUUCCGCAAAUGGACGCCACAGAGAUCGCCGACUCCAGGGGAACAGUUGUGUGUGCGCGUCGAAGAGGUGGUGCAGGAAUUAGGCAUUCCCCUCUGA